AUGUUAGCCAAUACAUUACAGAGCUGGUUCAGCAACCUGUUGCUACCUCAAGUACUUCUGCCCAGUGCACUGACUGUCAUUUUCUUCUGGAUCCUGUCGCGUAACAGAGUCGAUCCUCGCGAGCCACCGGAAAUCAAGCCCGCCAUCCCCGUUGUAGGACAUAUCAUAAAUCUAGUGCGUAAUGGCUUUUCAUAUUACACCAAGCUCAGCUUCCAAAAUCCGGAUCUGCCCAUAUUCACAAUCAACAUACCAGGAGCCAAGAGCUAUGUGAUUACAUCUCCAUCGCUAAUGUCAGCCGUCCAGCGCAACUCUCGGAACAUCGCAUUCGACCCUUUCCUAGAUGUGGCUGCAGAUCGCAUCGCUGGAUGCUCACCAGCCACUUGUCACGCCCUUCUAGAGAAGCGCCGUGGUGGUCUGGGCGUUAACCAGCUAAUGGUCGAAGCUAUGCAUCCGGCCCUUCUAGGAGAAGGUCUGGAUGGUAUGAACGAAACUAUGGUCAAGGGAUUAAAGUCAUGGAUUGACGAGCUUUCGCAUCGUGGUCAGACAUCCUUUGAUCUCUAUGAGUGGUGCAAAGAAGCCAUGACCGUUGCAAGCACGGAUUCGGUAUGGGGUCCGCUCAAUCCGUACAAGGACAAAUUCAUUCGGGACUGUUUCUGGGACUUUGAAGGCGGCGUUGGCAAGUUGAUUCCAAAGGUUGCACCGCAUAUAGUAGCCCGCAAAGCAUGGAAAGGUCGCGAGGCGCUGGUUGGCGCUUUCGUAGAUUACUACAAAGCGCACGGGCUAAAGAAUGCAUCAAUGCUCGCCCACGCGAGAUACGAUGUGCAUAUUACAAAUGGCAUCUCAUUGGAAGAAUUCGCGCGCAUUGAGGCCGGUCUAGGGCUUGGCUUGCUGUCCAAUACCGUCCCUACAACGUUUUGGUUGAUGUUUGAUCUUUAUUCUCGCCCAAAGCUACUGGAACAACUCCGAGAGGAAAUCAGAAACAAUGCACUGUACAUGAAUGGGAACGCUGCAACCAUCGACGUUGCAGACCUUCGCGACAAGUGCCCAUUGCUCGUUUCGACGUUUCAAGAAUCUUUGCGUUUCAGAGCGUCGGGAGCUUCCACCAGAUUCGUAUACGAGGACAUGAUGUUUGACGAUAAGUACCUGCUCAGGGCUGGAUCUAUAGCAUACAUACCGGUUCGACCAGUGUACUCCCAUGCGGAUGUUUGGAGCCAGAGCUCAAGCGACUUCAUUGCUGAUCGCUUUUUGAAAUCAAACCCCCGGAAGCUAGGCGGAUUUCUGGGUUUUGGCGUAUCGCCAAGUAUCUGCCCAGGCCGACAUUUUGCAAGUGCGGAGAUUAUAUCCUUUGCGGCCGCAAUGAUUUUGCGUUUUGACCUAUCUCCAGUGAAAGUCCCUUCAUCGUGGAUCGAGCCUAGAUUGAAUCUGAGCUCGGUGGUUGCAACUUCAACGCCACCUGGUGAGCCCUUUCUAGUCAAUAUGAAUGUUCGCGAUGAGUACAAGGACUUCAACUGGGAUUUUCGUGUCAGCAAGGGGAAGGGACAGUUUGCACUUGUUAUUGGGGAGGGCUCCGACAGAGCCUACCGAAAGCGCAGACUGCCAAACAGUGCAAACACUGCCAACCGCGACGACAGUGGCAGUGGCAGUGGGCGCCUUCCUCAAAUGACAACCCCCGGCUGGCAGGCUCCUUCUCUCACCCGCAGCCAAGAAGGCUCGCCAUGGAGAUGCGAUGAAGAGCGCAUUCCAGCAAUUCCGCGUAUCCAAGCCUCCUCCACGAAAAGGCCGCCGCGCACAGCAAUCACCGCUAUCGCAAUCCAAAGCCGCUGUACCAGCUUUCAAUCCGACGACACCAGACGAUUCCGCGACGCCCUCACGGAACCCUACCCAGUCGGCGUUCUAUGCGUUGCGGCUUGGGUGCCCUGCUCAUUUCCCAAGUCUGUCCAAAAGUCUCAGGAGCGCGAGAAGGCGCUUCAGCAACGUAUUUCAUGGCUAUCCCGCUUUGUUAAUGAGGCUCGACUACCCGACGCGGUGCCCGUUGAAUUGAUUGAGACUGGUCAUGAUCUCACGACAACUGCCGUCACUCAUCCGUCUAUCACCCCAGAGCAGGCAUCGAUUGACGGAGGCCAUCCUUGGUAUGGGCCUGUCCGGGAACAAAUACCUUUGGCUGGCUGCAGAAGAGCGGAGAAGAGCAAUCCAGACACAUCUACAGCCCCGACUCUUCUUGACAAAGCCACAGCCUCGCGUCUUGCAGAUGCCUACUUCCGACACGUUCAUCGCGCCUACCCAUUUCUAGAUCGUGACCAGGUGAUACAGUCUCUCGACUCUUGCUUCGCAACGGCGUCCGAUGACACUGUCUUCAUGGAGAUGACACGUAUCCCUACCCGCCUAGCCGUCGUGAUGGCCAUUGGCCGGACGACACUACAGCGAGUGAACGAACUCGGUAGUUCAUCCGUCCCCAUUUUCGACAUACCCGAUAAAGAAAUCAUCCAUGAGUGUUUGUGCAAGAACGAUCUUAUAUCGGUAGAGAUUCUGACCUUACUCGCACUGUAUUCUCUGUUUGAAGCCCAUAGCAUACCACCGGGGUCCAUUGUAGGAAUUCUGUCUCGCAAGGUCAUAUCCUUGGGGCUUAUGCGAGACAGUGGCUCUUCCUAUGAGCUUUCACAAGUUGAGCUGGAGCGUCGUCGCCGACUUUUUUGGUCUGUUUAUGUUCUAGACCGCAUGAUCAGUGUCUCGUAUGGUCUUCCACCCAGUAUCAACGAUGAAGACAUCGCUGUUCCGCUGCCAAGCAUCACUGUCGACGAAUAUGCGUCACCCGAUCGCUAUUAUUAUUCCAUGACGCUACAGGUUAACCGCCACGUUGUGGCUUUGCGACGUCUUGAAGGGAAAAUCAUGCAGAACAUUCAUCUUUCAUCCUCGCAGCGCCUUGCUGCGAUCAGCCCAUCCCUGUCAACGUCCUAUUAUGAAAACACUCGCAGGGAAAUAGAUGAUUGGUAUACCCAAGGCUGUCUGAUGUCAAGUUCUGCCAUGAAUGACAAUGACCAUCUACCUUUUCAUAACACUAUCACAUGGCACAACGUUCGCUAUCAAAAUCUCUAUGUGUUGUUGUACAGCCCUUCAAGGCUCAACGCGGACCGUUCAGUGGAAGAGAUCGAAGAAUUGCAAACGGCUGCACGAAAGUAUGUGCAUUCCAGUCUUAUCCUGCAGCAGCAGAAUCACCUUCCGUUGAACUGGAUCACGUUAUGUCGAUUUCUGAUGAUGGGCGCCGUUUUCUUCUACUGCUACGUAUGGAGGCUCAAUCAUUUCAAAUCAAUGGGCAGCGUACAUGUUCGUAGUACACAUGAAAACCAAGCGUCUCUCUUGUCAGCAGCAUCGCCUAGGUCUACAACAGGAGUUCAAUCACGCAUGUACGAAAUCGCGAAUGAUAUGGCUCUAUGUGUAAGGAUUAUGGAGUCCUUCUCUCGAGACUGGGCAGCUGCGCAGCGGGCCGCAGCCAUUUUCCGACAAUUUGCUGAUUAUGUAGCUACGCAACAAUCCACGCCAUUUGUGCAACCCACUGCUCGCAAUGAUCAGGGUAUUGAAUCUUUGAGUCGACACUAUGAUCCUGUUCUUGAUGCUGUCAUGACCGCCUCGGUUUUGGAUGUGCCUAUGAAUGAGGAGCAGUUGAAUUCGCUUCAGACAAUUCGAGAACAAAUCCAUGAACUGAUGAAGGAUACCCUAGGAGAGACCACUAUAUACGCUUAUGCAGUAAACGAAUUUGAGUCCACAGCCGGGCUAUUUAAGACCGGCGUUGGCUCCAGGUUAUUUCCCUCCGAUAACUACGGCAGGGCAUCCACCGCAAUUGGUGAAUUUUCAGAUCCUGAUGUCUCAACGGAUAGGUCGGGCCGAGGUAUGAGCUUGUGGCUGGAUGUUAUGGACGACCUAGGUCUUGGUGUUCUGUGA